ACCACCACCCGAGCCACCAGGCCCUCACCAGGAAACGGUCUAGUUCUUCCUGCCCCCCGCUGCUCUUGUGAUCGGACGUGUCCAUAGUGCGGCAAGGUGACACCACCGGGAUGGCGACGGCCGGCUUACAGUUUGUCGACCUCCACUCGGCCGCGAAACAGGAUGACAUGAUGGGCGUCGUGAAGCUGCUCGAGGAGGGAGCCCCGAUCGACAAGAGAGACCCCUACGGAUACACCCCCCUCCACUGGGCGUGCCAGAAGGGACACACGCACACCGUGCAGGCACUCCUCGCCGCGGGGGCCAACGUUCAUGUGCGAGACAAAUGGAGACGCACCCCUCUGCACCGCGCUGCUAAGGAGGGCCAUAAGGACGUUGUCGCCGCGCUGCUCAACUCGGGGGCGGAAAUCAACGCUCAGGGCGACAACAACUGGACCCCUCUCCACUGCAGCAGCUUUCACGGCAAGGUCGAGAUCGUGGAGAUGCUACUGCGCAACGGCGCUGACCAGGCCGCGACGGAUCUCCGAGGACGCACCUCCGCUGCGGUGUGCGACAUGGGCCUCUACGACGUCGAUCAGAGCGUGAAGGACAGGAUUAUCCAGCUCCUCAAGAACCCUCCCGUACGGCAGCUCGAAGCACCACCCGCCGCCGCUCCAGCGACGACGAUGCUCGCUCUUCCCCCUUCCUCCACGGCCGCCACCCCCGCCGCCGCCGCCGCUGCGGCAGGGGCCAACCCGGGCCUUCAGGGAGCGGCACCGGCGGGAAGCAGCGAGGGCGGUUCGACCGCCGCCUCCGCUGCUUCCGCUUCCGCUGCUGCCGCCGCCGCUUCUGCUGCGUCGGCUGCCUUGGCCGCGGAGAACGGGGUGUUCGCGCUCUGGGACACGAGCCUCGGACCCGGGGCGGGAGACGCCGGGCCAGGCGCGAGCGGCAUGAUCGACAAGGAUUGGACGGACCCGGAGGACGCGGCGUGGAACGAGAUGUGGGCGAUGCUGCACGUGCCAGACCCGGACAAUCCGGACAACAACCUCUACUCAGAAGUCAAGACGCUCCGCCACGACGUGAAGCGGCUGCGGAGCGACCUGAACGAGACGGCCAGCAAUGACGCCGCCUCCACCGCUACCACCACCGGCGGCGCCAAAGACAGCACCACCAAAGGCGUCACCAACGGAAUCACCAAGGGCACGGCGAACCUCGAGGGACUCUUGGGCGUCUCUAGCGCUCCGGCGGCGGCAUCAUUAUCGCCCGGCGGCGGCGCAACCUCGCCCGCUACUGCCGUAACCGACGCCCCCCCUGUUGCCCCCAAGAGCGUGACGGGAUCGAGCGAAGAUUCAACCACGGGACUGUUCGGGGAAAUGUCGGUGUCCUCACGAGAAGCGUUGGCGGACGGGGCGGCAGCCCCGGAGGGCGCUAGCCCGAAUUCCGUCGGCGGUGGCGGCCGUCGUACUGAUGGCGGGAUGGUGUCGGUGCCCCCUGCCAAGCGGCAUCGGUCGACGGCGGCGGCGGAGGUCGGGGGGAGUGCCGCCGACUCGGUCGGAGCGGAGGGCACCAGGAGCAUGGGGGAGACGGAGCUGAGGGAACAGCUGGCGAGACAGAACCGCUUGUUGGCCGAGAUGGCCAACGAGCUGGAGAGCUUCCGGAAGGAGAGGAGCGGGGGUGCCGCGGGGAACAGGGGCGGGAGCGUGGGGGGUAUGGGAGAAGGCUCUGCCGUGCUGCCGGUGCUUGACGAUCGAGGGCUAGCUCACAAGGUAAGGUGAAAGCGCGGAGGGUUGGUGCUUCCGGACCCACCGGCUUCGCUGCCCGAUGCAUGAGUGUGUGGUGGGCAUAGCCGGGCGAACGGAAACUGCGUUGAAAAACGGGGCUGGCUGUUUGCUGACAACGCCGGUGGCCGUAUGAGAUGUUUUACAAGUGGAGGAAGGAUCCGGUUGUGCAUCAUGAGCAGUCUAGGGGGGGGGGGAAAUGCGGAUCGACCUGCCCCCCUCGCAGACGGACACAGUACUCUUGGUUAAAAUAUGGGGGUCUUCCUCUUGUUUUGUUUUCUUCGCACGCCUGCCUUGCUUGUAUUUCCACCGAAGAACGCAUGGCACCAUCACACCAGCUCUCUGAAAGGCCAGCGAUCUUUCGUUAGAUGCGCACCAGUCCAUGGUCGUGUGUGCAGCUGGCGCAGCAUACGCCCCCCCCCCGCCCCCCGUCUGUGCUGCCAUUAUUAGUGUACCGCAAAUAUGGAACAAGCUUUGAUGGGUUACACAGCAGUGGAGAAGUGGUCCGUCCGUGCUUUUGCUUGCGUUGGUGGGCGGUGCAGGUGGUAUCUUGUCGAAAGCUGCACAAAUAUUCUGGGUAGGGCCGACAGUUUCGGCCGUGAGGAAAAAAAAACUUCCUGGACGUUCGUCGUGGAGAGUAUUACCUACGUCAGCGCCGAAAUUUCGUUGUUUUGCCGGGGGAGCGAGGUGUGGUAUUUUUUCACGCAUUUUCCAUGAUAAAACUGAACUGUCAGGUGUAGCGUUGAGUCGCUGUCACUGCUGCUGUUUUGCUACACGGGCAGGAAAAUUGGCGUUUAGAGCGGCGAGGUAGCGAAACCUAGAUUUGGAUUGUAAACAGGGGUCGGUGUUGGUGCAGUAAUUUUGUUUUCAAAACGUAAAAGCGUGGUCACGCUGAAGAGUGAAAUAAAACCUGUCGCAAUUCGCUCGCUGGCGAAACCUAUUGUUGCUAUUUGGGUGUGGCUUUGAAAGGGUUUCACCGUUGUUGGCAGACAUGUUUGUGCAUGGGGGGUAGGGAAAAUGUUGCAUUGUUUUUGUUAGAGUGUUUUUGCAAAUAGCUGUUAAGAAAAUUUGGAAGAAUGUUAGUCUAGAGACUUACGGGGCAGUAUGUCGCAUUGUAUUCUUCAUUCAUACGGAAAAGAUAGUGCCCGGGGGUGUUUGCUGCUUGUUGGCUGAGGGCGAGGUAAAGUAUAUCUAAAAUAUUCCUUAGACAAGCCCGAGAAGUGCAAAGCCGAACAGAUACUUUUUUGUUUCGUGGUAUUGCCUCAACGUCUCUCUUAGUUGGAAGCGAGAAUACAGGGCGGUAUAUGGUAAGAUUUUUUUUUUUUUUGCGAACAUUUGUUUCGGUUUUUGUAUUGUUCUUAUAGGCGUACACGUGGUGGUAUGCAACAAAAUUUGAUUGCCAGGGGCUUCGGCGGUAGUAUGAAAAUGUAGUGCUUUCGUUCGGACAUGGCACGCCGAUACCAGGCGGUUGUAUGCUGGUUGGUGUGCGCAACCCCUUGGGGUUGGUUGGACAAGUUUUAUUGUUUUGGGUUCUUACGUGCGUGGGAUGGAUCAGAAGUGGUGGGACUCUGUGUUACCGGACAGCCCCCCCCCCCCUUUUGUUUGAGUGAUCCACGUGCGCAUAGACAGGCUGAGAGGCUGUGCAGGCGAGAUGAGGGUGUCCCGUAUCUUACCGAGCGCAGGCGACGUCCCCCAAAUGCCCCGAUGCCUCAAGGUUCCUCGGUAACACGACGCCUUCAAGAGUCUCCCCUUCAACAAGGUCGAAUCUGAGUGCCUGCCUACUCAAGUCCGGGUGUAUGUACUUCGCGUUUAUGUGAUGAAUGUUUUUGAUGUGCUAGGUUGUUGUAGAAAACGCACCCGAAGUAAACAAAGCAUGUUCUGCUCCCGCGGCUCGCGUUUACUUUGUUCUUGCUGUUUCGCGCUGAUGUCUGUGAACGAUGACAAAUGGGGUGAGAGGGCUGGGGGUACUCGGGUAAUUAACCUUUUUCUCACAAGUAGGUUGGUGUUGAUGCCAUUAGCAGUAGAAGUCAACAAAGCUCUCGGUGCUUUUUGCCCUCAAUACAUUCGCUAUGCUGGUCAUGCUACUGUAGCGGCGUUCCUCAUUUCUUCAUCCCCCUCGCUGGGUGACAGACUACUACGUGGUAGCUCUCGCUUUCGUCCUCGGCCGCUGUUGGUCGUGACGAGUGUUUUUUUUUGUUGCGGUCGGCGGAGGUUUAUUCGUUGAUGACGUUUGCAACAAAACGC